GUACUUUUCCGGUCCACCACCACUUUUGAACCUCCUCCCUACCUUUAGAAUUGAUAUCUUAUCUAUCGAUCUCCGUUACUGCCGUUCCUCGGCCCUUCUCUAGCAAAAAUUGUCGCGGUUAAUAUGAAAAUUGGUCGGUGCGAUGAGGCCAGUAUACAGCCUCACCAUUUAAUUUUGUCUUCAGAGAAUCAGAGGAAAGGAAAAUAUCGGAAGACGCGCCGAAACUACCUAGUCCCGAGUUUGUUUACGGAUUAAUUCUUGAUUUGUGUUUUAUCCUGGUCGGGGUCUGUCUGAAUCAUUCGAGCUUUGCAUGGAAAGCUAUGUCUCCUCCUUCAAAUGAAUCAGUAUCUCCUUCGAGAUCUGUGAAGAAUCAGAAAGAUGCUUCAACUACCAAGAAAGAUGCUUCAGCUACCAAGAAAGAUACUUCCUAUAAUCAAUCCAAUUUUACUCGUCAAACAAAUGCCGUAAAGGAUUUAUUCAGUAUACCUAAACCUGUCAAAAAAUUAUUCGAUAAAGUACCUAUUAUUACAUAUCCAGCAAACGGGUUACCAGAGAGGAGUCCGGGAGCAAAGAAUACCAAAAAUGAUGGAGAUGCUAGAUUACCUAGUUUAUAUAUAUUUUGUAGAGAGGGUGAAGAGGAUGAAGGAAAACCGAGUUUCAAUCCAGGAUGUUUAAAAUGGCAGGUUUGUUUACCAGUUUGAAGAUUUAACUAGCAAUAUUAUUCAAUGAAAGAAACAAGGCUGACGGUAUUCAUAGACAUUCCUAAGACUCGCAGGAGUUAAUCAUAAAAUUGUCUCUUCAAAUAAUCAUGCUUCACCUACUGGCGUACUACCUUUCCUCUUACCGGGUAUCAAAUCGAAUUCCUCACAGGAUGAUUACCUCCCAAUACCAAGCAACGGAUUGAUAAAAUACGCAAAAGAACAAGGAAAGAAGAUUCCCGAAGCAAGAAGUAGAAAAUUGGAGGCGUAUCAAGCAUUACUCGACAACAAUAUACGAAAUGCAUGGGUAUGUCCUUCCCUCCUUUCUCCACAUCAAAACCCCAAACUAACCAACCAACCAACCCAUAGCUACACACCCUCUAUCUCACCCCCUCAAACUUCAACACAGUCGCCACACCUCUCUACAUAAACCCGACCUCUUCCUCCCUCCUAGUCCGUCUCUAUUCAGCCUACCAAUUACGGGCAGCAGCUGAAUCGGAAUUACGCAAGAGUGCGGAGAUUAUUGAUGCGGAUUUGAUAUAUAAAGAGGCGGAUAGGGCGUGGGAAGCUUUGAGUUUGUUGCUUGGGGGGGACGAGUGGUUUGAGGGGGAUAGGCCGGGGGUUUUUGAUGCCGCGGUUUUUGCUUAUACGUGGUUGCUCGGGGGUGGGGGGUUAGGAUGGUGGGAGGGGGAUGGUGGGAAGGGAGAUAGGAGGUUACCGGACGGGGUAGAGAGGUGGGGAAAUCUUGUAAGGCAUAGGGAGAGGGUUUUUAGGAGGUGUUGGGGUGAGGAGGAUGGUGUGUUGGUUUAGGAUGUAUGUAUGUAUGGAAGGGAGGAAUACCCGCAAUAGAAGAUCGGAGAAAGAGAUGUUUGUUUACUUAGCUACCUAUCUACUAUGAGCUCCAACCGGACCUCGAAGUUUUGGUUAUUUGAAUCAUUAAUGCUACUUGCUACCAAGGUAUGCAUCCACAAAGGCGUUCCAUAUAUUUUUCGACCUCUGCUAUUAAUAUUCACUAUGCACCGCCAGAGAAUCGAAAAUAAGUUAUACAUCUGCAUGUAGAUGUUGAUAGCCCGGGCCUUGUGGAUAUGACAUUCAUUCUUCUCUAUACCCUUUCAUCAUCUUUAAAGAACUCGCUCAAAUGAAGUAACUCACUCCUAAUGCAAAUUUAGAAUCUGCUUUCAAAUCAAAUCUAAAAACCAAGGAGUUAAAUCACUAGAUAUUUGAAAGCAUCAUCAUGGGCUCAAGCUCGAAGAUCCUGCAAUCCUACCCAAAAUACCCCAUUUUGGAGUUUGGAUAUCCUCCUAUGAGGAACUGUGGAUGGAUACAUGGUUAGUGUAGACAGGGCUUUGUUGAAUGGUGCUUUAUCUGGUAGAGUGGUGG